UCCGCUCAUCCCUUCCGUGCUGUCCCUUUGCUGCAGGUGAAAUUCUCCUUCCCUGGCUGCGUGCGGCGCCCGUGCUGGCCGCGGUCCUGCCCAGGCAGGUGGCGCGAGCUCAGGGCUGGCCCGGGAUCGAGCUGCAGCCCCAGAGGAAGCCCUCGGCCGGGCCCAGGCUGGCAGGGGCAGGAGAAUGAGUGGGCAGCGUGUGGAUGUCAAAGUAGUGAUGCUGGGAAAGGAGUAUGUGGGCAAGACCAGCCUGGUGGAGAGAUAUGUCCAUAACCGCUUCCUCGUUGGACCCUAUCAAAACACGAUCGGGGCUGCGUUUGUGGCCAAAGUGAUGUCAGUCAGGGGCCGGACAGUAACCUUGGGGAUCUGGGACACGGCCGGGUCGGAGCGCUACGAGGCCAUGAGUCGGAUAUACUACCGAGGGGCCAGAGCUGCCAUUGUGUGUUAUGAUCUCACGGAUAGCAGCAGCUUUCAGCGAGCUAAGUUCUGGGUGACCGAGCUGCAGAACUUCGAGGAGAACUGCCAGAUCUAUCUGUGUGGCACCAAGAGCGACCUGUUGGAAGAGGACAGGAAGAAGCGGGGCAUUGACUUCCAUGAUGUGCAGGAUUACGCAGACGAGAUUAAGGCUGAGCUCUUUGAAACCUCCAGUAAGACAGGCCAGAGCGUGGAUGAGCUGUUCCAGAAGGUGGCUGAGGAUUAUGUCCAGCUCAUGGCCUUCCAGGUGAUGACAGGUUCCGAGGUUGGGUGGUUCCUGAGCUCCCGGUGUGCAGGGAGCAGCAGCUGGCCGCUGAGUCCCACGGCGUCCCUGCAGGGUCUGUUCUCAGGCUCCGAGGCGAGAUGCACCCAGCCAAACCUGAGAGGAAAUGCUGGGACUCAGCACAGCUUGCAGCCGUGGUGCUGGCUUCCCCCUUCCCCUCCAUCUGUCAGCAGGGACUAUGUCCCCACCCGCUGCUGGAGAGAUGCAAGACUCCUGUGUGCUGGGGUGCGGGAAGGAGGGAUCCCCCAAGGGCCAGCGCCAGGGAGAACAGGUUGGUGUCUGGUGCCGGUGAAGGGGGCAUAUGCUAUGGCGGACGGCGCUGGCCGGACGAGCUGCGAGUUAGCUGGAAUUUUAAGGGGCUGCUGUCAACCUGAAAAUCCCAUUUCCAUCUGCACACACUGCACCUGCUGCUGUUCCAGGGUGACUAGAGCUGCAGGCUGGAGAGAAACACUCUCUCGAGUUGUCGUUGCGUCAGUUGCAUUUCCUAUCCCAUGCUCUGCUAGCAGGGGGAGCGCUCGGCCUUGCACUCCUCAGCCCUGGGAGGGGGGCUGCUGGGGAAGAGGCAGCAGGCAGGCGUGGGCCCACAGGGGCCUAACCCAGAAGAUCAGCAGGAAACCCUGCGGGAAUUGUUCUUUAGGUUGAGGGCUCCCGGAUUCAAGGGGCUGUGAUCAGAGAAGUGGAUUCUAAGAACUGUUCCACUCGUGUCUCUUCCCUAAGCUCUGUCUGCUGCAGUCUGGUACCCACCUUCACGUCCUUAGUUUAGCAGAGGCUGGCUCUGUGGGCGGAAACUGAGCACCCUGCUGAGCUGGGCACAGAAGAGGCAGCAGCCCCCUUUCACUCGUCUUCUCUUUCCAGAGGAUGAAGGCGUAGACCUGAGCCAGAAGAACAGCACCUACUUCUACAGCUGCUG